ACAAUCGAUUCGAGCUUUCGAGCUCAGUAUAGAAUGUACAUACAUACAGUGCGACUAGUGCGAGCGGUUUUGAAUAAACGAUAGGCAGAUUUUGACUCGAAUGACUCGUAUUUCGUAAAUUGCAUCCCUUAUAAUUUUAUUGUGCCGUCGUACAUUCGUUCCGUGAGACAAAAGAGGAUGAAGCCGCGAUAAUUCGCCGGAAUGUCCACUGAUUAUAAGCGAUAUCCGCGAAAUGUUAGAUGAAAUUGUUAAAAUUGUACGCUAUCGAUUGAGUGUCUGAUUGGUUAAGCCAGUGCUUAACGCAACUAUGGCCGCCCUGCCGUCACCUACGCAGGUGGCUGGAAACCAUACCGCGAUAUAUGAAGCUUAUUAUAAUCAGAUCGAUCCAAAUGGAUAUGGACGGGUUGAGGCGAUGGACGCUGCGAGAUUUCUCAAGAAGUCUCAGUUGAGUGAUGUUAUUCUGAGCAAAAUAUGGGAUAUGGCUGAUCCACAAUCGCGAGGCUCCUUAGAUAAGUCUGGAAUGUUUGUUGCACUUAAAUUAUGUGCAUUGGCUCAGACGGGAAAAGAUUUGAAUAUGUCUAAUCUAAGCCUCGAAUUACCACCGCCCAAAAUGGGAGACAUCCCGGUUGUUCUGCAGAAGACUAUUACCAAUGCUCUACCUGUAAUAACUUCUGUCAAUAAUGGAGAUUGGUCAAUUAAUCCUACAGAACGGGCAAAAUAUGAUCAGCUCUUUGAUAGCUUACAACCAUCUAAUGGCUAUAUAUCUGGAAAUAAAGUAAAAGGUGUUCUUAUGGAUAGCAAACUUCCUUUAGACACUCUUGGCAAAAUUUGGGACUUGGCAGAUAUGGACAAAGAUGGUAUGCUGGAUAGACAUGAAUUUGUAGUUGCUAUGCAUCUUGUAUAUAAAGCAUUGGAAAAGUAUGCAAUACCAAGUGUACUUCCACCAGAAUUAAUGCCACCUGGUAAGAGGAAAGAUAUUAUUCCUAAGACCAAAUCUCCUACAUUGAUGGGCAUGGCAAUCACGGCAUCGCCAUCACCGCAGUCGCAAACACCGCCGAUCCCACCCUUACCAAAUACGACAACCGUAAAAAGCUUGACUGGGUUAGAUGCUGUAAAAACAAGCGCGCAACAUUGGGUAGUUUCGGCCGAGGAUCAAAUAGCCGCGGAGAAAUUAUUUUUACAAGCCGACCUGGACAGAGAUGGAUUUGUUUCUGGUAUAGAGAUAAAGGAUGUCUUCCUACAAAGUGGACUUCCACAUCCUGUGCUAGCCCAUAUAUGGAGUUUGUGCGAUAUUUGUCAAAGUGGAAAACUAAAUAAAGAACAAUUCGCCAUAGCCAUGUGGCUUAUCAAGCAAAAACUCAACGGCAUAGAUCCUCCGGCAAGUUUAACUCCUGAAAUGAUACCGCCUUCUAUACGGAAAGCUGGGGAAACUAUAGUGGAAAACAAUAACAUAUCAGGCUAUUCGAAUCCGGAGUUGGAUAUGAUAAGCAAAGACAUAGCGGAACUCGUACGGGAAAGACAAAGCAUGGAGCAAGAUAUAGCGCAAAAGGAAGCCGACAUUAAGAUAAAAAAUGGGGAAAUUAAAAGCCUUCAAAGCGAAUUAGACACCCUCGCGGCAACCUUGAAGCAACUGGGAAAUCAGAAGGGUGAGGCGCAGAAGAGAUUGAACGACUUAAAGGCGCAGAAGACUGAAGUAGAUAGAGAUUUGAGUGAGAUCGAAGAGAAGAUUCAAAAGGAACAGAAGAAGGUCGAUAAGCUUCGUCAACAAGCUGAAGAACAAGAAUCGGUAUUACGGAGUCAAGAGGAGGAACUAAACUUUAAGAGACAAGAACUCGAAGGGCUGCGACAAGAGGAGCAGCAGUUAGAACAACAACAGAAUAAAAACAGGGACCAAUUAAAUGAGCUGACGAAGAAGUUGCAAGAUACUCAAUUAGAGAUCUGUCAAGCGAAGGCAAAGAUCACUGAUUUGCAAGAACAGCAGCGUCAGAUGAGCGAUGCCAUAGCGCUUUAUGAUUCUGCACUCGCUGCAGGAGACGUCAAUCUUGUACCUGAUACUAGUCUACAGUUUGUACCCGAGAUCGAGGAUAUAGAAUACGAAACAACAACUAAGCAUACAGGUGAAGGGAAUGAAAUGAGAGCAGAUGUAACCAGCACUAGCGCUUUGAACGGAUUUGGAGAUCAAGAUCCUUUUGCAUCGAAUAAAGCCAAAGAAGCAUUUAACGCACCGAUAUCCGAUCCGUUCGGAAGCGCAUUUUCUGCGCAGCAAGCUAAUAAACCAUCCCAGAAUGGUUUUGCAGCAGAUCCUUUUACUGCGUUCGAUAAUACCAAUGUGGUGGCAAAGCAAGAUCCUUUUGAUCCAUUUGGCAAUGGAAAACGAGCUGACGCUAAAACGCCUACAACAUUGAACACGAAAGAUCCGUUUGGAGAAGAUCCCUUUGCCAAUCUUCACGCUCCUCCUCGUCCCGAGAGCCCUAGUCCCGCUCUUCCGCCAAAAAAAGCAAAGCAGCCACCGCCGCGUCCAGCUCCACCACGACCGAGUCAAGGUCCUACUGGCCCAUUGAGAGCAGCACCUGCACCUCCAACGCCUUCACCCACUCCAGAUCCAUUUGCGAAUGCAAAUUCAGAUCCAUUUAGUGCUCAGCAAACAAUUGAUAACAACAAUAGCUUUACAUCUUCCGGAUUCGCCGACUUCGCCAAUUUUGAUUCUAAGAUUUUCCUGAAUUAUGAACUGUGGAAGUUACGACAUCGUUGGCAUUUGCAUUAUCUAAGUAAAACAAAAUUGACCAGUGACAAAAACCUGCUUCAGCCAGAACCCACGGCUAAUCGAAUGGCUUCAUCAAGAGCAACGAGUAAAAUCCACGUAACAAUGGCGCAACCAAAGCUGUCGGACUUUACGGAGGAUCCUUUUCGAGAUUAUCGUUACGAAGACCCUUUCAAUAUAACGGACCCGUUUGCCGACGAGACGGAGGACUUUAAUGCGAACAAGAGCAAGGGAACGGAUAAAACGGAUCCUUUCGGCUUCGAGACGAUUUCCACGUUCUCGAGUAAGAAUACUUCGACUAAAGUUUUCGAUAAUAAUUUCUCUAAUACCUUUCCGCUCGCUAAAGCGAAAACCGAGAAAAACAACACGAGCGACACGAGUAGCGCGAGCAAGUUCGACGUCGAUUUUGGGAAAGCUUUUUCCGUUGAUAAUAAAAACAUUCAGAAUGAAGCUGAUUUUUCCCAAGCGUUUGCUAACGUUAAGACGAGAACGGUCAAUCUCGAUGAAGCGUUUUCAAGUAAAGACGCAAAGACAGCCUCGAGGCACGAGUUAAAUGUAAUGCGCACUUCAAAAUCUAAUGUCACUUAUAACGAUGAAAAACUCACGAAUAAUUUCGGCAAGACGUGGAACGGUAACAACAUAAGUAAUUUAUCGGAGGAAGAGCAGCUUGCGUGGGCGGAAAUGCAGAGUAUAAAAGCGGAAGAAGAGAGGCUUAGGCGUAAGGAGAAAGAAGAUGCCGAACUUGCUCUCGCUCUUGAAUUGAGUAAACAGGGAAAAUCGGAAAACGUUUAAAUUUCGGUCGGUAAUGCUAUCUUCUUUUUGUUGAGGUCACCGUGAACUUGUUAAAUUGCAUGACAACGUUUCGUAUAUCAUAAUAAAUGACAUUGUGCAAGCUUGCAUUAUUACGUAUUAGCAUCACACAUAGAAGCGAAAUGUAGAUACAGGUUAUCAGAUUGACAAUAAUGUUGGGUAUACAGAUACUAAGAGUAUCCAAAAGAAAAAGGGAAAUUAUUAAGAAUGUUAUUAUAAAUAGGUGAUUUUUUUUUGCUAACUUCGAAAUUUCAUAUUUCAUUUCUUGUCAGUGUUUUUCAAAUAGCUGAGCUGUUUGGAAAAAUUCGUAAAGGAAGAGAGUUAUUUUAUUUUUUCAUAUAUUUUGUUCUCCUUUUUCUUGAGCAUGAUCUAUUUUCGAACGAUUAAAGACGAUCCGAGAGUGUUACGCGGCUAUACUCUGAGUUACAAUUAAUAAAUAUACAAAUGAUAAUAAAAAUAAUAUAUGAAAAGUUCAUGUUGUAAAAGUUAUUCGAUCAAAGCACAGUAUCAUUAAACACAUCGUUAUCAAAUAAUGUAAAUGCCUAUAUAGUAACUGAAUAUUACAAGAUUUCAACGAUAUUCAUCGCUGAUAGUUCAGCAUAUGAGAAUCUAAGUCACUUCACGCCAGCCUUUAAUAACUUCAUGUAAACGAGAGGAAAAAAAAGAAAGAUGCGCACGUAUUAUCAGGGAGCGAAAUAUUGAAGUAAUUUCCGUGACAAUGCCGUCUAUAAUUCAGUUUUAGAACGUUCCAAAGAAUGUAGUGUUCAAAGGCAGCGUAUCUCUGUGCUUGGUGAAAAGAGGGCCUUUAUACCUGAGGACUUGAAAGGCCAAGCACAAAGAAUCACGUGUCUUGGCUGCAUUGUAAUAUCGUAUAAUUUCGACAACGACGUUAUAUGUAUUUCAUAUGAUGUAUAUAUUAAUAUUAUGAGAUAUAUUAAGUCACGAUAAUUCUCAUUACACAUGUAAGUUUUUAUUAUCACGUCGUAAUUGUUUAAUUGUAAGUUAAUACACGUAUAUUGUAUGCGGAGACGUGUGCUAUAUAAUAUAUCAUUAUUAAUAUCAGCAUAAAAACUUAUGUUUUAAUAUAUAUCUCCGUAUGUCUCUAUUCAGUUCAACUCGUGUCCAUUAUGUAAUUUUUAUUUUAUUUUCGCAUUUAGAUGUUUAACAUAUGUAUGGGUGUACGUGAGUAUGUGUAUGUACUGUAGGUACACAUUAAGAAAAAAAUCCACCAAAAUAAAUGUACAAUACUUUCAAAUA